AUGAAAGAUAUAUCUAUAGAUCCGAAGGUAUUGUCCUUCGUCCAGUCACAAUCCACUGUCCCAUUAAGUCCUUCAAAACGAAGUAACAUACCCCAGCAUGAUAUGAAAGCAUUGGAGUCAUCAUGUCUCCUCUCAAUCAAUACCCAUAUACUGAAUGGACUGGCUAUUUCUAAUAUCCAAUUAAUGAAUAUGAAUUUCAAUUGUUUAUAUUUAAUCUAUCAGAACAAUGGAGAACUUUUGAUUGGAAUAAUAAAGAAGCAUCAACUAUAUGUUGUCAAAUUACUUGAAUCAAAACAAGUUGAAGAAGCUAUAAACCAAUUGAUACUGAUAUUCCAACAAAUAUGCAAUGUCUUAGAUAUUAAAACCAGCACAAUUGAUGUGGAUACAAUCUUAUUAGGAGUGCCUCAUACAGACGUUAAUGACGAUCAAAUCGUACAAAUUGUUAAUUCCUUUCAUCUUUUCGUUUUACAAAGCGUACUACAAUAUGCUUCCAAAAACUUCAAGUCAAUAAUAACCAAUACAGAUAGCAUAGUUCAAUUAGCAUCAUUAAAGAUAGUUCCUGAAUUGUUUUUGCAUGGUAGUAAUUUUCGAAAGUGGUUAGUGAUGAUGAUUGUUAGUUCGGAUAAAUAUCAUAGAAACUGUAUAAAAAUGCUUCAAGGUUACAUCAAAGUAUUUUCAAUUAUCAAACUUGAAAAAUUCGCUGCGUUGAAAUCAUGUUUUCAAUUGAAACUUAUGGAGUAUACAAAAGACUUUGACAAGUUGGAUGAAAUACAAGUUUUUCCGGAAUUAAUACCGUACCUAAACGAUUCAAAAAGUAUUCCAAAUAUUGAAAGACUAAUCGCAAAACUCGAUCCUGCCGCUCAUAGUGAUAUUCUACAUCUAUUGGAAAAUUGUACGACUAUCGAUGCGGUACAUAGCCUUCAGAUUAAAUUGUUGGGUUCUGCAAAGCUUAUAGAUGAUCAGAAGUUAUUGAAAACCAUGACAACGAUAAAGUUAAGAAAUGAUUGCGUUGGACAGAAUCUCGCACUUGCGUUGUCCUCCUUCUUUGCCCAUGCUUCUACUGGACUGACACUGUGGCUGCCAUUACAUCUUCUGGUCCUUGAUUUAUUAACCAUAUAUGCUCGUGAUUCAUUGCAGUCCAACAUAGUAUUUACUGGCAUGGAACAGAUGUUACAGAAUUUAUAUGUUGCAUUACUGAAAUUCAAGCAACUUAAAAGAAUACGAAACCUUUCAAACUUGCUGUUUAAUAUAGGUAAUAGAUCCAAUAGUAGUACAUGGUGGCAGCUCUCCAUUAGAAUGGAAUGCUUUAUUAUGGACUUAGAACGUACAGAACAAAACUUCAAACAAUUAUCAAGCAAAUUUCAUAGAUUGGCAAAUUCUAUAGAUGAUUGCUCAGAAGGGUUAAAACUGUUUUUAAAAUGCAAUCAGACUUUUGUGGAUAAAUAUGAUUAUGAACAAAUUGUGCAUGAUAAAUUAACUAUCCAAGCAAUAUGCAAGAUGUUUACUACACGCCCGGAACUAGCUGUAACCUUAAAUGCACUCGAAGAUAAAUUCAAAUCGAGUAUUACAUGCAGAAUGUUUGAUGUUUUUGAAAGAACCAAUGAUGCAGCUCUGAAAACCAUUGUCUGUAAUGCUAUUAUGAAGAAUUUAUCUUUUGUUGAUGAAUACUACGAGCAAAGAGUUCAAUAUAGAUAUUAUGAUAUAAAUGGCAUUGACAACUAUUUACAAUUGAGUAUCUCCUCGUCCGCCAAUUCCUUGAUUCUUGCAGGGUUUCAAGUUCAAAAGUUGAUGAAUUUUGGCUGGGAUGAGCUUGUUCUUGAGGAAUGUAUAUACAACGUACAAUCUUGGCUAAGUCAUAGGCAUACUAAUCUAUCAUCAUUUGAGGUUCAGAUUUUAAACCAAGUGUUGGCAUAUUUCAAGUAUAAUGGGUUAACGGGAAAGAUAAUUCAAAUAAUCGAACUUUGCAAGAAUAAUCAAACUCUUACUCCUGAACUAUUGGUCUUAUUGGAUUCGGAACUAUCUCAAGCGUUAACAAAGUUAUCUUUGCACAUCCAGUGUGCUGAAUCACUUACCGAAUUGAACAAACUGUUGAAACAACAGAAUUUGACCACUUUAAGAGAAGCCAUAAACUUCAAUCUACUUCAGCUUGAAUAUUGUAUUGAAUCAAAGAACGUCACCAAAGCAAGAGAAAUGUUUUCCAAAGUAUUAAAAACAUUCCAAUCGAGACAAGAAUUCAAGCUAGACGGGACUAGUAAGUUCCCUGUCGAACAAAGGUUCCAAAAUUUCCUUCUUGUAGGGAGAUUCCAAUUACUUGCAGCAAAAUUGAAUCAAGCAUUGAACUUACCCGUGGAAGCCUUUUUAAAUGCCAAGUUGGCAAUACAGUUAUCUGGCUCAGUUAUCAAGAAAAGUGGACCAAACAUACAAAAAAGGACUUUUAAUGAGUUGAAAUGGGGAAUCACACAUUUACUCUUUCAAUCAUAUAAUAUGAUAGUUGAUCUACUUGGACAAUUAGGUAUCUCAAGAGAUAUUCCGUUUUAUUUGAGAGAGUUCAAGAAAGUGAAUGACGCAAACAUGAUUCCUGUGGUUAAUUGUGUUAAUAGCUUCAGAAUGGGAAUCGAUGGAAUUAUCAUGAAGAAUGAGAGUUAUCGCGAGCAUUUGCAAUCAGCAGAAAAUCUUGCCUAUGAAAUUGUGAGUGGUAACUUUACAACCCAGCAAUAUCGUUGCUUUGCCAAUCUGUUGUUGAGAACUGCAAAGCAUGAAGAAGUUCAAUAUCCCAAAUUUUCGUCGUGGCAGGAUAUCCCCUUUUUGAACAAUUUAUAUGAAUUGGAAUCUAAUAAAGAGAUAGAGUGGAAGUAUUUAUAUGGCACGUUUUUGAAUAUUCCAGUGCAAAUAGAGUCCAACAAUAAAGAUGUAUUAUCGCAAGUGAUUGAUUUCAAAAAUGAGCUUGCAUUUUGUGAAACUUUACUUUCUGAACAUGCACUAUUGACUAAUAUGAAGUCUACCGUCAAGUUCCUUCCUGCUGUAUGCCAAGGUACGGUGCAUCCCACACCUCAACAAAUUGAAAUUCUCAACAAAUUGGUUGGUUUGAAAUCCAGAAUUCUUAGUGUAUCGACUAUUCGUCUUCCGAUUUUUGUGUACAGAGAUUUAACAUAUUUGUUGCAUAGAUGCUUAUGUCUCAUUUCUUCAAUGACAAUUUUCAAGAAUGAUGGUAACUUGCUUGAAGAUGUGUAUUUCAGGCAAGAUUGGCUCAAUACUACAAUGUUCAAUAAUGAAAGAGAGUUGAAUGAAAAUGACAGAGCUGAUUUACUACCCAAACAUAUAACCGAGCCAAAUAUUAAGCAAUUGGACGAAAUGUGCACAAACUUCCAUGUCGAUUUGAAUCUUUAUUUACCUUCCAGCUGGUCAAUCGUAACCAUUGAUAUUUGCUCACAUACUGGAGAUUUGUUAAUAUCUAAAAUCAAGAAAGGUAAUUCACCUGUUUAUGUUAGGUUACCACUAUCAAGAUUUGAUACAAGAGAACCAACAGAAAAGGUACUUACUUUUGAAGAAUUGAAGGACAAAUUCAACACCAUUAUACAAGAGAGUGAUCUUUCUACAAAGCAGAUCACUACAUCUAAAGUUGUCACUAAGGAAGAUAGAAAGAGUUGGUGGAAGUUGAGGUUUGGAUUAGAUUAUAGAUUAGAGAGCAUCUUAAAUUAUGUCGAAAAGUAUUGGAUUGGUGGAUUUUCUGGAUUAUUUGCGAAUUUUGACGAAGGUACUUUGUUUACCAAAUUCAGGCUGGAUUUAUUAAACUUGUUGGCUAGAUAUUUACCAACUAGAAUAGGUCAAUCACCGUUGGUUGAAUUUGAUGAUGCUAUUAUUAGAUCAAUUUACUGUUUAGAAAGGUACUCUCGUGAAGCAGUUGAUGAUUUACUUUAUUUCUUAAUUGAUAACUUGAAAUUCCACGGAGAAAACAAUGAAUAUGAUUCAAUAAACUUUGAAAAAUUACAUGCCUCAUUUAAGCUUUUGAUAGAUAAGUACAAUAGCUUGAGAUUCAAAAAUUCGAAAGAGCAUCUUGUGCUCAUUCCAAGCUCCAAAUGUUCAUUUUUUCCCUGGGAAUCUUUAGGAUUCCUUAAGUCAAAGUCAGUGACAAGAAUGCCCUCGGUGUCAAUGUUAAUUGAAUUACUUAAAUCACAGUCAAAUCUUUCAAUAGAGGCAAAUUCUGAUUUAUAUUACUUGAUUAACCCUGGUGGAGAUUUAGUUAGGUCUGAAGAAAGAUUCAAGCAAUAUUUUGAGCUGAAAGGUUUGUGGAAAGGAAUAGUCGGAAGAAAGCCUGAUCCAGAUAUGAUACUUCAAGACAUCACAAAUUCUCAAUUGUUUAUCUAUAUAGGUCACGGUGGCUGUGAUCAAUACUUUAGGGUCAAUUCAUUAUUCAAGAUGUGCUUGAAAUCUAACAAACGUCUUCCACCUAGUUUGUUGCUCGGUUGUUCCUCGGGUGUAUUACAAGAUAAUGGGCUUUUUGAACCUUCGGGUAAUAUUUACAAUUGGCUCAUUUGUAAGGCUCCUAUGGUGUUGGUUAAUCUUUGGGAUGUGACUGAUAAGGACAUCGAUACAUUCACUAUGUCGGUGUUUGAAAAUUGGGGUUUGAUUCAUCCUCUGACGAAGACAGUUGAUUUUGCAGAAGCUGUGAAAAUGAGUAGAGAUCGAUGUACGUUGAAUUAUUUAAACGGGGCCGCACCAGUCGUGUAUGGACUCCCCCUAAUGUUAGAAUGA